ACGUUCGCUCGCGCAUUUAGUUCCAUCGUAGUCGUGCCGCAAACCUUACGUUUGUUGUUUUAGAAUAUGUUAAAAUUAAAAGCAGUUCAAUAUGUAUACAAAAUGUUCUUCCGCGAAAACUUACUACACUUUUAUUGAUCAAUUGAUACAAGAUGUAAAAAAGCGACCAAUGUUGUGGGAGAAACGUAUACAACGUCGUACCCAUAGAAACAAGGUUGCUAGAGAGUGGGAGUACCUAGGGAAAUUAUACAAUAAACAGCCUUUAGAAGUGAAAUCAAAAUGGCGUAACAUAAAAGAUACAUUCAACAGAGAAGCAAAAAAAAUGAACGUACCUCCAUUAGGGAAAAGAGAUAAACCCUUAAUAGAGUAUUACGAGGGUCAGUGGCAGAAUUUUGAAAAACUUCUUUUUCUUUGGGAUGAAAAGAAGCAUAUGAUGGCAGUAGACGAUGAAAAUAUUCAAGAUCAACAAGAGUUUAUCGAAGUUGAAGAAAAUAACACAAAGGUCAAAAAUAAUAUUAAACAUGAAACUUGCGAUAGCGAAAACGAAACAGAUGAUGAAGAUGGUACAGCAGAUUAUAAUGAUUCGACUGUUGAGACCGACAAUAUGCCAAUACAGUCUUUAUUUAAUAGAGAUACCCCAGAUCCAAUAGGGAAUGAGGUUGAUAAUCUAAGAAAAAGACAAUUUCAGCACGAAGAUACAGAAACAAUCACAAUCAAAAGAAAACAAAGUGAUCCAAAUCAGAAUGAGAAAUGUGAUUCCGACCUCGACGAAGAUUUACACUUCGCUAAAUCUUUAGUGCCGUUUAUGAGAAAAUUGAACCCAAUAAGAAAAUUGAUAGUGAGAAACGAGAUACAUAGUUUACUAUUAAACGAACUUUUAUGUAAUCGUUGUAAAUCUACGGGGCCUCAACAAAAUUGUCAGUGUAAUUUAAAAUGAAUAAUUAUUUUUCGUUUCAUAAUGGAAAAAAAAGCAGAAGUGCGAUGGUAUUUACACAUGCGAAGAAUUUUUUCGCCAAUCAAGCUUAAUAUCGAAUUCAAUGGAACUCAAUAUUGAUAUGGAAUUCGAUGAAUAAAAUAAAAACGUAAAACAUUCUCGUAAAUAUUUAAUAAAUGACACUGAAUAUAGGUACCUAUCUUAAGUUGUUCCUUUGAAUACCAGUGAGUGCAAGUGUUGAUUUUUCUCGGUGAACAAACAAUUUCUUACUAAAGUUAUUCAAAUACUUUUAUGUAAAAUACUAUAGAAAAUUAAAAUUUAAUAAUUUUAAUAGAGUUUAUCUGAAUAAAAUUAAAAAAAAACUUCAAAUAAAAAUAUCCAAUUUAAAUUGGAUAACUUCGACAUAUUAUUGUGUCAUCAUUUGCUGAUGAUUUCCUACUAACAAAUCAUUCCCACUACCUAAUAAUAUCCCCACGGCUGGAGCACAGGUCUUCCUUAUGUACGGAAUUGAAUUGAAUGGAAUAAAAUGGAUAUGUCAUGACUCGUAACCCCAUCAC